UUCCACAUCACUCACUGCCUCCCAUGUAACGGUGCAUCUCAGAUACCCUCCUCCUCCUCCUCCUCCUUAAUAUGAUCUCUAUAGCCCCCGAUUCGCCAUGCUAGCAAUUGCCAACAUGCCAGUAUCACUACCAGCAUCAGCAAAGCCAGAGGGCACAGGCAUGUCCCUCCUGCCCCGGGAGAUCUUCUGGAUGAUCCUGGACCAUCUCCCACCCAGAGACAUCGUCCGUUGCCGUCAAGUCUCCCAAUCUUGGAAUGCGGCCUUCGGGAGCCCCGACAACCUAACCCCGCUGCUGAGGAAGUCGUUUCCCCUGGCCAAAGAAGUGAGGGAACUGGAUCCCAACCGUGAAGAACACAUCACUGCCACAGAAGACGACAACCACUUGCGCAGGCUCUUCGACCGGAUCGCCUCGAGAUACGACCACCUAAGCCGCGGAACGCCCAUGUCAGUCCAGAAGUUACAGCUCUGCGACGACUUCGGCAUCACGGGCGAAAGGGAAUGGUUCCCUGUCCAGCCGUGGGAAAACCACGCGAGCCAUCUCAUGCAGCGCGUGGACUGUUCCUUUACCGAGUCAUUCUGGUCCUACGAAGACGGCCUCGUGGUGUACCCGAGCGCCGACCAUUCGUGUCUGGUGGUGAUGGACCUCGACACCACCAGACGCGUCAUGGUCCCCUUCAUCAUCACCGGCAAAGUAAUCCGCAGGAUCCGUCUGCAGAAGAGGGUGCUGGUCGUUGAAUGGGCGGAGCCAAAGGCCUUUCACUGGCUGAACGACAGCGACGGUGUGCAUCGGCACUUCGCUUCCUCGUUCGAUGUCACCAACACAUCCACCGGAUGGAGCGUCACGUUUCGAAACGAGUGGAAGAUCAUGUUCCUCGGACAUCCUCUCAGCGAGCGAGACCGGUUCUACUCCACGCAUAGCCAGACACACUACGCUAUCUACAUCUGGCAGCCGAACCGCAGCCUGUACACUGCGGACGAAGACGCCCCUAUCGAGUCGCUGUCGGUAUGGGAUAUCUCCCCGCCCUCCUCAUAUAGACCCUCUUUAGACCCAUCCGGCCGCUUGCGAGUCGAGACAGAAGACCAGGGCCCGUCCAUCGUCUCUCGCUUCGGCUUCCGGGAACUAGGAUUCUACUCCGUCAGACAGCGGGGCCUCCCCGGCGUGCAGUCCCUGAACAUCACCGACGACCACCACUCCAUCGAGAUAGUCGAAGGCAUGUGCACAGGACCGUUGGAUCGCUUCGUCGGGCCCUCCGAAUGGACCUCGCAGGUGCAGAUCACAACCAUCCCGCUCAUCGGCGAGGGGCCUUGCUGGAGACGGAACGUCGAUAUCGCGCUGCCUCCGUAUCGAGGUAACUGUAGUCUACAAACAAGCCCCAUCACAUCCGCUGUCUGCGACGAGCCAUGGUAUGCCAUUGUCUCGGAGACAUACGACGAGUUGUCCCAGGUAGGAUUCUGUCUUCAUCUGUCUCUGUUGACCUGGCCGUUUGAUUCCAAUAUCUUCUUGACCAUCCGGACCCCGUCGUCAUCUACUACCUUGAAGCAGGAUAAUAUAUUUGAGCUCACCGGGAAGGGGAAAAUAUGCGGGAAUGAACGAUACGUUGUUGGCGAGAAUGGUAAUCGCGAGCUUGUCAUUUACCGAUUUGAUAGAUAGAUAGGUAGCGGUAGCAGUAGCAGUAGCAGUAGCAGUAUUUAUUAUCCGG